AUGGCAGUGAGUAAGUUGGCAUUGGUUGCUUCAAUGAUGGCUUGCAUGAUGAUAACUUCCUCUAAUGGUGAAUCAACCUUGACAUGUGAUCAAGUGACUGUUUGGCUGCUUCCAUGCAUACCUUAUGGAAUAUUGGGAGGGAAUGUGACAUCGUUGUGUUGCGAAGGUGUACACUCUUUGAAUGCAGCGUACAAGAGUGGGGAGGAUCGAAGAGGAGCAUGCCAAUGCAUUAAGGACAGAGCUGCACUUAUCCCAGGCAUGGACUAUAACCAUGUUAAUGAAGUUCCUGGAAGAUGUGGCACUAAGUGUCCCUUCAAAGUCUACCCUUCUACUAACUGUUCUGCUGUGAAGUGA